AUGUACGAAAGUGUGGAGGUAGCUGGUUUAAACAGCAGCCCUAACUCCUUCUUCAUGAUGGAUUUUUACAACCAGAACCGUGCAUGCUUGAUCCAGGACAAAGGAGCUGUGAACCCCAAUCCCUACAGCACCCCUGUUCGUAACCAGCACUGGAACAGUUCCAACCACUCUAUUGAAACACAAAGUACCAGCUCAGAAGAGAUUGUACCCAGCCCUCCUUCACCACCCCCACUGCCCCGAAUCUACAAACCCUGCUUUGUGUGUCAGGAUAAGUCAUCUGGCUACCACUAUGGUGUUAGCGCCUGUGAAGGAUGCAAGGGCUUUUUCCGUCGUAGUAUCCAGAAGAACAUGGUAUAUACCUGUCACCGGGACAAGAACUGUAUCAUCAACAAAGUGACCCGGAACCGCUGUCAGUACUGCCGCCUACAGAAGUGCUUUGAAGUUGGCAUGUCCAAAGAAUCUGUCCGGAAUGAUAGGAACAAGAAGAAAAAAGACGCUCCAAAACAGGAAUGUUCAGAGAGCUACAUCAUUACACCUGAGGUGGAGGAUCUCAUUGAGAAAGUGCGCAAGGCUCACCAGGAGACCUUCCCUGCCCUCUGCCAAUUGGGCAAAUACACCACAAACAACAGUUCAGAUCAACGGAUAUCUCUUGACAUUGAUCUGUGGGACAAAUUCAGUGAAUUGUCCACAAAGUGCAUCAUCAAGACGGUUGAAUUUGCCAAGCAGUUGCCAGGUUUUACCACGCUCACAAUUGCUGACCAGAUCACACUCCUCAAAGCUGCCUGCCUUGACAUCUUGAUCCUUCGGAUAUGCACACGCUACACACCAGAGCAGGACACCAUGACCUUUUCUGAUGGCCUGACCCUCAACCGCACUCAGAUGCAUAAUGCAGGCUUUGGACCCCUCACAGACCUGGUCUUUGCCUUUGCCAACCAGCUGCUGCCACUUGAGAUGGAUGAUGCUGAAACAGGACUCCUCAGCGCCAUCUGCCUUAUAUGUGGAGACCGACAAGAUCUGGAACAACCAGACCGAGUGGAUCAAUUGCAAGAACCAUUGUUGGAAGCCCUGAAAAUUUAUGUGAGGAAGAGGAGACCUAGUAAACCCCAUAUGUUCCCCAAAAUGCUGAUGAAGAUUACAGAUCUACGGAGUAUCAGUGCAAAAGGUGCUGAAAGAGUGAUAACUUUGAAAAUGGAGAUUCCUGGAUCAAUGCCACCCCUCAUCCAGGAAAUGCUGGAGAACUCUGAAGGCAUGGACUCUUUGGGGGGCUCAACAGGAGCUCCUUCCCGUAUCAGUAGCUUAGCUCCACCUCCAGGCAGCUGCAGCCCUAGCCUCUCGCCCAGCUCCAACAGAAGCAGUCCUGCCACACAUUCACCCUGACCAUGCUGGACCCCUGAACUAGUUGCUUGAUCCCCCCCUCUGCGCACAUUGGUCUUUUGCUUCCUGGGUCUGCCUGGACACACGUCUCAGGAGGAGCAGAGGUGGGGUGAAGGCGAAACAGUGGGACAGACUGCCGCGGCAGGCAUUCUUCUCCUCCCUCUCUGUACCACAUCAGUCCUGCUCAGACCCAAGAGGGAAAGCUUCUUAUGUUCUCCUGUACCAGCACACUAUUUCUCACUUAGCUGUUCAAACAGGGUUCUGCUUGCAAGGGAGGCCCCUGUUCUCAUGGAGGGAGGCCCAGACCUUCUCUGAAAGCAGAUCAGCAAGUAGAUCUGAAGAACGGCUGCUCAAAAUUAGGAGCAAGAUUUUUUUUUUAAAAAAAGAAACUAGUUACAGAAAAAAAACCUUCUCUGUGGCACGCAUCCCCCCCCCCCCACUCUCUUCAGUCUUGUCAUGCACACGUACAUGCCUCCACAAAGGUGUUGCUUGCUUCUUGUUGCAGUGAAAAUGAAGUAGUGGGUUUUUUUUCCAGUUGAGUUUGCAUUUCAGAUAUUUCGGGGAAAGGGUAUAAUGUUGUUUUUUUUUAAUUGCUCAAACCUUCUCUUCAUCCUCAAUUUGACCAUGCAAUCUUACCUCUUUUCUUGCCUCCUUCUACUUCUUGUCCACUCACAUAUUCCUAAAAAUGUCACCAGCAAUUUUUUUUAAAAAAAGAAACAUUAGUUCCUCAGUUUCUUUUUUUAAAGUACAGUACAACAUGGAGGGAAGGAUUCAUUUAAGAAAGAAUAUCUGUUAUAUAUACAAAUAUCUAUAAAUAUAUAUAAAUACAUUUGAAAAAAAAACUUUGUACAAGUUUGGAAUUUGAAGAGUUUCUAAAAAGAGGGUGGCAAGGAAAAGGCCAGAAAAGCCAAACCAAACCAUGGAAAUUCAUGUAUGGGGUUGGACACGCUUCUCAUUAUAGAUUCAAAACUAUUAUCUAACCAGAGUUACGUACUUGAAUUUGGUAGCCACUCUUCUACAAACACUAUGCCAGGAAUGACCGAGAUACCUGGCAUUGGUAAGUAAUAAUCAGCUCAUGCACAAUUGCUCAUGAAUUCUGCUCAGUUUAAAUAGCCAGAAAUGCACAAUGGGGGAAAAGUUAGCACUGCAUUCAAAACUGAAUUCUUGGCUGGUCUCUUAUUUAACAAUACAGAGUCUGCAGAGCAAGGCAUAUUUAAAAAAAACAACCACAAGCCGCUGUUCUAAUUUGCUUUGGUCCUAUUUUCAGGGAGAGCUAAUUAAAAGCAAUAGGACAACAUUCCUUGCUGCCAGAAUUUCCUGGAGUGUGUUUAAGUUUCAGUGUUUCCUGCAACUGUAACUAAUAAUGAGUUAAAGAUACUUAAUUUUGGCUAGUCGUGUACUUACUGGCUGCUUUUAUUUGCAAUAUAUUUUGUUUGGAUCACAUGGAUACAAAGCCGAAAUCUCACCAUUCUCUUUUUUAUUACUAUUUUGGCAAAUGAAAAAUUGAGAAAUGAGGGGGUUCUGAGCAUUGUGAUAAAAGUAUUGUUUUGAGCAAAA